AUGGGUAAAAAAAAUUCGAGAUAUUUAAAUAGAAUAUAUCAAAAGCCAUUACCUAUUGUUUUAGCCAGCGAAAAAUAUGGUAUCGACUUAAGGGUAAAUAGACAAAGUGUAAGUGUCUUUUCGUGGAUUUUGUAUUUAUUCAAGUUUUUCAAAUGCUAUUUAUUGCUGCUUCGAGACACUUGCUGUCAAGAGGAUUUGGUUGAGGUCUUGGUAGAAGAUGGCGUAUUUAAAGUCGUCAAUGAGGCUUUUAUGACCAGAUUAUGGAGACUGGGCUUUUUUGGUAAAGGUAUUCUUUCGCGAUCUGAACCAACCUGGAAAGAGAGAACCAUUUCAAGGUUGAAUUUGGAGGAUAGUACCUUCCAAAAGAGGAAUCUUGCAAUGGAAGAUAUAACUAAAGUUCGAAGAACUGAGCGAAUUGAGUUUAAAAAGAAGAGACAAAGAUUGCAAGAUUUGCAAUUGAAGGAGAAACAAAAUACGAUUGAGGAAGCGGAGUUGGAGGAGAUGAAGCGGUUGGAUGAGAGUUUGGUUGAGUUUAGAAAGAGAGUUGGUAUUGUUGUGGGGGAGGAGGAAAAGGAAAAGGAAAAGGAUGAAGAGCCAUUAGAUGCGGAUGUCAGAAAAGAAGACAAGUUUGUUAUUGACACUCAAGGAAAACUCGUUCAAUUGGAGUUUUUACAACUUCAAGCGGUUGAAGUGUUUUUCUUGAAAUUUGCAUUAAACAUUGUUAGUGUGGUUGAUGAUAUAAAAGCAAUGAGUUUACAAGAAUUAUUUCAGUACUGUUGUCGGUUAUAUGCUGGGAAUAACAAGAUUUGUGCUAAUAAUAAAUUCAUUAUUAAUUAUAUUGUAUAUCAUUAUUUUAGGAGCAAAGGGUGGUGUGUUAGGUCUGGUGUUAAGUUUGGGACUGACUAUUUAUUGUACAAGAGAGGUCCGCCAUUUUCACAUGCCGAAUUCUGUAUACAGAUAUUGGAAGAUGAAAAAAGUAUGGGAGAUGAGAGUGUGGGAGAUGAGAGUGUGGGAGAUUUUGAGGGGAGGAUGAGUUGCGAGAGGAGUGUGGGUAUGGUGGAUUGGUUUCAAAUGAGUGCAGGGGCUAGAGUAGUUGGCGGAGUAAAGAAAAGUUUUGUACAUAUUUAUGUUGAGCCACCGAGUCAAUUUGAGUUUGAUGAGAUUAUUAGUAAUGGUAACGAUGGUGUAGAUGAUGGCCUAGUAAUAAAGAAAUUAUUUGGUAGAUAUAGGGUAUCAGAAAUUUUGUAUAAAAGGUGGAAUCCUAGCCGGUCUAGAGACUAA